GGAAAGCGGCUGCUGCUCGUGGUAAAGCCUACGUCGUUAUCUGCGAGAGCUGAGCACGCUAUUUUAUUAGUGCAUCAAGUACGCAGUCGUAUUUUCUGGCCCUCGCGCGUUGCGGUGGAGCUAGAAUACCACUUCCUGGUUUUGCCAGCUGUUGUCUUGCUGUUUGCGACGCGCGUUCACGCCGUGCACGCGUCUGCUAAGAUGGCACGCCCAACAGCAGCACACGUCGCAACAGCAGCAUUACUCCUCGCCGCCGCGGCCGGCUUCAGGCCAGUCGUGCCGCGACGGCCCGCCACCUCGUUGUACGCCAAGCCGCUGGCGCGGAAGCAGUCGUCGCACGUGCCCGCGAUCGUCGACGAGGACACGUUCCUCGCGGCCAUGUCCAAGAGCGCGGGCGACAAGGUCGUGGCGAUCAAGUUCUACGCGGGCUGGUGCCGGGCGUGCAAGACGAUCGCGCCGCGCUUCGAGCGCCUCGCGAAGGAGUUCGGCGAGGAGGCGGCCUUCUACGAGAUCGAGUUUUCCGCGAACAAGGACCUCUGCCGGCGGCUGGACAUCAAGAAGCUGCCGUGCGUCCAGUUCUUCCGCGGCGCCGAGGGCCACGUGGCCACGGUCAUGUGCGGCCCGUCGAAAUUCCCGGACGUGCGGCUGAAGCUCGAGGACCUCCUCGGCCACUCGCACCACCCGGACGACGUCCCGGAGUUCACGGACGUGUCCGAGCACUACAACGGCACGGACGUGUCCGAGGCCUACGCGUAACGAGUCGUAUCGUA